AUGUCCCGCGACGCCUCGGUCUGGCGACACCGGCCCGGAAUCGGUCGUCCGCAGGGCCGCACCCCGGCCGGACACGCCAUCUUCCAGGCCGGGCCUGAAGAGCGUCGGAAAUCGAUUUCUGUCACGCUCUUGGUGUCUUCUGCCUUCGUGUUUGCUGUGAGUCUAUUUCCAUACAACUGUAGUCAGGUCUGGUGUGGCCGGCUGGUGUUCAUCUCUUGGGUUGUCUGUAAUUACUGGGUGCACUUGAUCCCCCACUCUGUCUGUGUGGGCAACAAGCUGAUGUGCUGGGUGCGUCCCGGCUAUCGCUGCAUGCUUCACGGAUCGGUAUCGGUCGGUGGCCUGGAGGUUGGGGUCCACUGCACCACCCCAACUUCCGACGACUCAGCCGAACACACCAUCAUCAGUGUGCUCGGCGCUGUCUUCUCAAUUCUGCUGCUGGGGAUGUGCUGGGGGGCAGCCCGCAAGUGUCGCUACACUUCCAGCACCAUCGUAGCGUGCCCGCAACUCACUAACCUUAACUGUACGUCUUUGGAACGUGGGAGGAAACCGGAGCACCCGGAGGAAACCCAUGCGGUCACAGUACAAACUCCUUAUAGACAAUGGGAGGAAUCGAACCCUGAUCGCUGGUCACCUACGCUGUAA